AUGGCGUGGGCGUCGACGGCCAACGGAGCGACGAAGCUCGGCUUAGGACGGAAAACAGAGGAGCACGGUACGGAGGUAGGAGAUGACGGCGGGGCGACGGGGAAAGGAGACGGAGGAAAAACGGAAAGAGAUGGGUGCGGCAUCGGGCGUGACUGCGGCAGACGGAGGGAUCGGCUCCCAUCCGAUCUCCUAGCUGGCAGCGCCGCGAUGCUGCGUGCUGUUCCUGGGCCGGAAGCGGAGGAAGCUGGGCUAGGCCGGUCAAGGCAGGGGUCAGCAGCUCCCUUUGCGCUGGCUGCUUGCGCGGCGACGCCGUCCCCAGCCCCCGCUCCGCCGCUGCCGCUCCUCGCCUGGUCCUCCCCGGCCCCCUCCCCCGAGCCCACCACCUCGCCCACGGGCUGGGACGCGGUCUGGGCGCUCGAGGACCAGCAGCGCCGUCGCCUCCACCGGAUCUGGGAGCGCGGCGUCGCGUGGAAGCCCUCUUCCGCCUCGACCACCGGAUCUGGGACGGCCGCCGCUUCCAAGGCCGACGCGCGCGAGCUCAGGCACCGCGCCGUGCGCCGGUUCGCCGAGGUCUACACCGCCGCGGGGGAGGACGACAAGGCUGCCGUCGACGCCGCCGUGAGGCACCUCUACGCGCCGCCAUCUAGGAGCUCGUUGAUCUCAGCAUCCAAAGAACAGACACAUCAUGCAGACCUUGAGAUAAAUUACUUGAGAAUCAAGAAGCACUUAGCAAGAGCAAGGAAUGAAUCAUACUCCGUACCUCUUAUAUCUGUUAUGCACAAGCACAAUCAUCGGCCCAAAAAAUCGGUGAACACGGAGGCAUCCCAGUCCUGUGUCCUGACAUCCCUCAUCGCACAUCGGCUUGAUGUAAUUGUCAUCCUCCCAAACAAUCUGCUUGUCGCUCUGAUACCCCGAGUCAUCAUCCUCCUCCUCGGCAUCGUCCUUCUUCUCGGACUUGAUGGUGAUCUUGUCGAAGAACUGGCCGAGACCCAGCCGCGAGGGCCUGAUGGCACCGGCCGCGGGCGCGAAAGCUUUGCGGAGUGGGAAGUCGUGGGCGGCGGCGCGCGGGUGCGGGUCCGGACUCUGGAGGCGCGGUCUCAGGCGAGGCGAUGGACGCGCGGGCGGCGGAGAAGUGGGUGGGGCGGCCACUACUUCACCCGCCUCUGCUUCGCCGACUUCCGCGAAUUCGACAUCGACGAGGAGUCAACCCUUGGUCCAAUGACACAUACCAACACGAUCUACAAACGGGGUGAUUUCUGUCCGCUGCUUCACGCAAUAAACAUUCUCUCCGUGAAGAUAGUAUCCUUGGAUGUUGAUUUCCCAAUACAUGUCUAUGGUACUGUCAUCGGCAGAGAUUCCCUUGAUAGCAAGUGUGUUUAUGUCUUCCGCCGUGACAGAGAUAAUUGCCAAGUCAUCAACUCUAAGACGCAACCGUUGAUCUUGGAGGGCCCAAAACGAGGACUCAUGUUGUUAGAUGAUGUAUUCAUUGAGAUCGAUCUGAAGAUAAGAGAUGUUCAACAGGAGGGUCUUGAUCAGGUGACGGACAGAGAACUUAGUAAAGGGUUUGUAAAGAUCAGGGGCUGUCGGAGCAUUGAGAAAUGCCUUGUUGAAAGUAAAUCUCUUGCUACCAGGCUCAGUACUGUUGAGGUGAGGUGUUCAGUUGUGAAAGAUGGCCUUGAGGCUCUUGUUGCUAUUGAAGUUUUACGGGGAUCAUUCAGUGGAAUAAUCACUGCUUGCACUUCCAACAUCCCGCAUAAUCUCCUGCUUCAUGAUAGCAAACUUUGCUGUAAGAAGGCUCAUGGCGUUGAAGGAGUUAUCCAGCUUUUGCAGCCUGUCAUAACUGUCGGUGUGAGAGACAUGCUAGUAAUUAUAAUCAAGACUAGUGAUGGCACUUCUAAGCACACCAUCGAGUUUACUCUAAGGUACAGCACUACAGAAGAAGAUGCUAUUGCUGUUGGAGCCACUAAGAUGCGCAUCAAGGUUUCCUGGUCUAUACUGCACUGGUAA